UAAUUGAAAAAUAUUGUAUCUAACAAAAGGAAGUUAUAAACCUAAUAAAAAAGGGAAACUAUGGAUGGUCUGAAUAGAGAAUGUGUUACUUUUGAGGAGGCUAGACCUAAUAAUCCCGAUUCAUGGGAACAAUUUUCGCAUUUACUGCUCAAUCUGGCCAAAGAUUAUUGGCAAUGGUUUCUAGUAAAGGUGGCUCAAUUCAAUAUUUUUUGUUAUCGGCCCAUUUGCAACGUAAAGUUAUCACUUACUGCCGAUCCGGAAUGCUUGGAUAGGAUUAGCGAAACAAGAGGCUGGAAAACGGCGGCCAUUCGAUGCAUUGCGUUCCAUCCAAGCAGCGUGUUGAUGGCUCUUUUAACCAACCAGGACAAAGUGUUGCUCCAUGACGAAAGGAAUUGCUCACCCGCCAGUCUGCAGUCCUGCCAACAAUAUGACAUCACCUGUGCCGCCUUUCGUCCCUGGUCUCAUGGCUGUGAAUUGGCUGUGGGAUGUGCGGCGGGCAUUUGUUUGUGGCGACAAUGUAGACGCUCCAAAGUGGAUCACAACAUUCGAAAUAUGAUGGGCAGCCAUCACAUGCGAAUCCUCGAGGACGAGGGGCACACCUAUGUGACUAGCUUGCAGUGGAAUGAAGACGGCACUAUCCUGAUCAGUGCCGCCCUGGGAUCCUCGCACAUUAUCCUGUGGGAGCCGGACUGUCGGCAGAAGAUUCGUUUGAUCCCAGCACCGGAUAGACUGAGCGCUUUUUCCCUGCUGCGCUACAGUCCCAACUUUCAGGUCCUGUUUUGCGUAUCCUGCGAAACUGGUGCCAGUUUCUGCCAGCUGAACAGAUCCAAGUGGAAGUCGGAACAAAUACUGAACCAAAGCCGCAUUCAAACGGCUGUCUGGACCACUAGCAACUCCUUUUUGCUGUUUGUGCGGGAGGGCAGCACUCGCGUUUAUUCGUGUACCAACGAUGCGGAGGCCACAGUUUUCUUAUGCCCAAAACCCGUUUGGAGCAUCGAAUUGGUUGUGGAUCUACGGGAUGUCACCAUCUGCUCUGGCCAGCAGAGGCAUUGCGGUGAACCGCAGACCUUUGCCAUGGACCCUCUGGGUCUCUACAUGGCCGUCAUCUUCAAGGAGCAAUCCUUUGUGCUGCUAUGCCUUUUGGUCAUGACACGAACUAUUCCACUGCGACUUCUUCCUCUGGAAUUCAUUGAUUGCGAUGUGGAGGAUCAACAAUAUCCCACUUGUGCUGGCUUUGGAAUUUCAUCGAGAGCCGAUCCACAAACUCGAUUUUUGGUGAUUGCCUGGAACGCAGGGCAUCUUCAGCGAUGUGCUAUCACUGCGACUUGCUUACAACAGGCCAAAGUGAUUCAUAAUAUUAUGUAAUGGGUAUGCAAUUAACUCAAAAGAAGGGGUAAUAAAACUGUUGAAGGG